UAUAAGAAAAAUUAGUACGUUACUAUAGAGUGAGUCUGUAGAAUACAGACAAAAAAAAAUCUGAAAAUAAAAGAGUUCCUUUUUGUCCUCCAUUAAUGGAGGGAAGUUCGUAAAACAGCUACGCCUUCUUCUACUUCUGGCGCCAUUUGCAGACCAACCCUUUUGUUUAAACUUCACCAUUUCUGUUCUUCACUUUUUUUACAAUCACCAAACGUUUCCUUUCGUCGUUUCUCUCAUCACUACCUUACCCUAAUAUAAUAUAUAAUAUAUUUAUCUGUGUGGUUUUGUUGAACUUUCAUGGAAGAAAAGGAGAGCACGGUUUCUGGGUCUCCAGGAAACUCGGGGACUGAGUCACCUCCAGCUCCGCUAAGCAACUCGGUGCCGGGUCAUCAGGUGGCCGUAAACUUGGUAGGGACAGAAGGAAGUUUCGUGCCGACGGCAACGGCGACUAUACAUACGACGAGUGCCGGAGGAGUUGAAACGAUGGCGGUGGUUGCGGCUCAGGGGGGCGUUGACUCGUUGGGGAAGAAGAAAAGAGGGAGGCCGAGGAAAUACGACGCUGAUGGGAACUUGAGGUUGUCGUACUUGAAGAGUGUAACGCCACCGCCACCUUCAGGAACGACACCGUUUUCUCUGUCGUCCACUGUUUCGUCUCCUUCCGAGUUCUCUUCUUCGUCUAAAAGAGGGAGAGGUAGACCUGCUGGGUCUGGUAACUGGCAGCUCCUUGCUUCUUUAGGUGAGUUCAAGAACAGUACUACAACUCGCCCAAAUUCAGGUGAAUUGUUUGCGAACACAGCCGGUGGAGACUUCACACCUCAUGUGGUCACCGUCAGUACAGGAGAGGACGUUGCAGGAAAAAUUCUCUCCUUUGUUCACAAGGGUCCCAGAGGGAUUUGUGUUCUCUCUGCCAAUGGAGCUGUUUCCAACGUCACCAUUCGUCAACCUGGUUCUUCUGGCGGCAUUCUGACAUACGAGGGCCGCUUUGAGAUACUGUCCUUAUCUGGGUCGUACACGGUUACUGACUCUACCGGUGCAAGAAAUCGGAGUGGUGGCUUGAGCGUCUCCUUGGCCGGUCCUGAUGGUCGUGUAAUAGGUGGUGGCCUUGCUGGUUUGCUAACAGCUGCUAGUCCCAUUCAGAUUGUAGUUGGAAGCUUCAUGCCAAAUGGUUACAAGGUACACAAAAGGAAGUACCAUAAAGAACACACUGUGGCUUCUCCACCUCCAACAGCUCUAGACUCACCAGUAACAGCGGCAAGUCCAAUUUCGCAGGCUAAACCAGACGUGGUGGAACCCUUCUUAAACCCAACGCCAGUCUUUCAGGUGCAAAGCCAAGUAGAAGCACAACACAACCCAACAACUGCCAAAGGGAACCCGAACAAUGGCGCUGCUGCGCCCAGUCAUUUUGCAGGUUGGAAUAAUGGCUCCUCAGAGUCCAGAUCAAACUUUGGUCCAUCUCCUGACAUCAAUGUUUCUGUUCCUGGUGAAUAAUAGCAGAACAGCACCACCACCAACAACAGUUUUUUCAAGAUUACUUCCCGAGGCUGACAUGUUUAGUUAACUUUGAGUUAAAAUCAAUUCAUUUAAAUUGCUGUUGUUGUGUUGUGACAGAGAGAUUACAUUAACAAAACUUGUCUUAACAGUUUCGAGAUUAGAUUACAUGAUGUUAAUUUUAGAAUUUUGGACAUAAAUACACAUAUUUUUGUCUUCGUUGGACUUGGA